UCCAUCUCUACCACGCAUGUGUUGUGCUGCAGCGACGUGCAUCAGAUCGGCUUUCACACACAAUUCAUCUGCAUCCACACUUUUAGCAGUUAUACUGGACCCGGAGAGAUCGCAUUUAUCUUUUUUUCAUCUGAUUCCAGUGAUCUAGCCAUAUCUGAUAUAGCAGGACACUCGCCUUCAUUUGGUGUGCGGGCGUUUUGUUGUUUUUGUGACGGCUUGUAUUGCAUCGCAGCAACGGCUCUGAGACGCCAAAGCGAUCUGCUAUGUGUAAUAGCGAGGAAAGGCAGUAAAUAAAGGGGACGCGUCGAUCUGUGUGAAGAGAGAGCAAGAUGGUGAUCAUGGCUUCUUUUCAUUUUUCCUCUGAAUGCUUGAAUGCGAUGGCCAUCCCCGAGAUCACACUCAAGCUAUUUCUAUGGGCUUUUCUAUUCGCCUAUCUUCCUUUGAGCUCUGUUCAGCUGGAAAGUGAUGAUGACGAAGUGACAAACAAAACAUGGGUUCUGACCCCCAAAGUGUAUGAGAGUGACGUCACACAUAUAUUGAACAGCUUACUAGAUGGCUAUGAUAACAAGCUGCGACCAGACAUUGGAGUCAAACCAACCGUGAUCCAUGCAGACAUGUUUGUCAACAGUAUUGGCCCAGUAAAUGCCAUCAACAUGGAGUACACAAUUGACAUCUUCUUCGCCCAGACGUGGUAUGACAGACGGUUGAAGUUCAACAGCACCAUGAAGGUUCUACGUCUCAACAGCAACAUGGUAGGAAAAAUCUGGAUCCCUGACACGUUUUUCCGCAACUCCAAGAAGGCAGAUGCCCAUUGGAUCACCACACCCAAUCGGAUGCUUCGGAUAUGGAACGAUGGGCGUAUACUGUACACUUUAAGGUUGACCAUUGAUGCAGAGUGCCAGCUUAAACUGAAUAACUUUCCAAUGGAUGAACAUUCAUGUCCCCUGGAGUUCUCAAGCUAUGGCUACCCCAAGGAGGAGAUUGUAUACAAGUGGAAGCGCAGCUCAGUGGAAGUUGGAGACAUCCGCUCCUGGCGUCUUUACCAAUUCUCCUUUGUUGGCCUGAGGAAUACCACAGAGGUUGUCAGGACUGUGUCAGGAGAUUAUGUGGUUCUGACAGUCUUCUUUGACUUGAGCAGAAGAAUGGGUUAUUUCACCAUCCAGACGUAUAUCCCCUGUACUUUGAUCGUUGUCCUGUCGUGGGUUUCAUUCUGGAUCAACAAGGAUGCCGUGCCAGCCAGAACCUCCUUGGGAAUCACAACUGUGCUUACCAUGACCACUUUGAGUACCAUUGCUCGGAAGUCCUUACCCAAAGUGUCGUACGUCACAGCUAUGGACCUCUUCGUGUCUGUGUGCUUCAUCUUUGUUUUCGCCGCUCUAAUUGAGUACGGAAUGCUCCACUACUUUGUGAGCAACCGCAAGCCCAGCGCAAAAAAAGACAAGAAGAAGAAAAAUCCCCUCCUGCGGCUCUUUUCCUCAAAGCAGGCCCCCACCGUGGACAUCCGCCCGCGCUCAGCCACCGCCAUCCAGAUGAACAACGCCACCCACAUGCAGGAGCGGGAUGAGGAGUACGGCUACGAGUGUCUGGACGGGAAGGACUGCGCCAGCUUCUUCUGCUGCUUCGAGGACUGUCGCUCGGGAGCCUGGCGGCACGGCCGUUUGCACAUCCGUGUCGCUAAGAUAGACUCUUACGCCCGCAUUUUCUUUCCCACUGCAUUUGGUCUAUUCAACGUAGUUUACUGGUUUUCCUAUCUCUAUCUUUAAAAAAUACAUAUUCAGGCCUAUAUACAAAGGCUGGCCUUAUUUUAUGUUACAGAUUCCAGCGAGACCCUUUCUUGGAAACGGGAACCUAUUGAAAACAUUUAGUUGCAUUGUGUUGCUGUUGUUGUAGUUUUUCCCGUCUUAUGUUAUGUGCAAUUUUUACUAUUUAUUUAUUUAUUUAUUUAUUCGUUUAUUUUAAAGUUGUGCACUAAUGUAAUAUGUGAAUUGUUUGUCUAUGUUUACACCUUUUUUUCUAGAAAGUAUAUCUUGUGCAUAAAGCAAAAGUUGUAGCAACAAAAAAAAAACACACAAGCAGAAGGGGCAAAGAUUAUUCAUUCAGAAUCGGUUGGGCGAAUGGCAGAACAUACGAGUACUGCAUGCCUACAUGUUCUUUUAAGGCCCAUCGAGAGCAAGCACUGAAGAGAUUUUGAGAAACAUCAUCCAAAUGCAUGGCUGCCAGGCGUAUAUGAGGUAAAAGCAAUCAAAUAUCAACGGAUAUGUCCUAGCAUUUUAUUAUUUGUGCAUUCUACAGAUCAAAUGUAAAAAUGUAAGUGUUUAAAAGAGUUUUUCACGUGUGGUCGCGGCUGGUUAAACGUUUGGUCACCUGUACAGAUGUUGUAAAUAAUGAAUACUGUAUAAUGCAUGCACCUUUUAGGCCACCUUAGCAAAAGUCUUUUAUUAUCAUCAAUUGAUAAAAGGCACACAAAAAAAAGGUCAGGAAAGCUUAACUUCAACAGCUACAUUUUACAUCAUUUAUGGCCACUUCUAGAUGUCUGUCAUUUAUAAAUGCACAAUUAUAUUGUUAUAUGUAAAAGUACAGUUUUGCAUCCUUUUGGGUAUCAGAAUGAGCCUCCUGUCCGUCCUGGGAUAGGUGUGGUGUAUACCCACUAAAUAAAUAUUAACCCAAAGUUAGUCCAGCUCAUCUUUCAGUUGAUGGGGUGAGUACUCUAUAGUCUACUAUAGUCAUAUUCUUCCCGCAUUAUGAUUAUUACUAUUUUGUUGAGUUUACAAAAAAAAAAAAAA